AUGAGAGUUUCUCGUCUGAAGUAUGUAAUUUGUAUUUAUCACACCGUGCGCUGCGCGUGCCCAAUCGGCGACGAUGAAAAACACAAAACGAUCGCCAAACAAUCGAAAGGCGUGACUUUGACAUCUGACAGCAUGGAAGUCGGACCCUUGACUUCGGAGCCAACUUGGCAACAACUCCAAGAUUAUUACAACAAGAACGCCUCAAAGCUGGUGAUUAAGGACCUUUUCGCCCAGGACCCGAACCGCUUCAACAACUUCAGCUUGAAGCUGAAAACGCCCAACGAUGGCGACAUCCUGGUCGAUUAUUCGAAAAACCGCAUCAAUUCCGAUGUUCUCAAACUGUUGUUUUCCUUGGCCCGCGCCCGCAAGGUCGAAAAUGCACGCGAUGCAAUGUUUUCCGGGCAGAAAAUCAACUUUACAGAGGACAGGGCCGUACUGCACACGGCUUUGCGUAAUCGCUCCAAUCAGGCGAUUCUAGUCGAUGGGAAAAAUGUGAUGCCGGAGGUGAAUGCGGUCCUGGAGCACAUGAAGCAGUUCACUAAUUCGGUCCUGAGCGGGCAGUGGAAGGGUUACACAGGCAAGCCCAUCACCGACGUGGUGAAUAUUGGCAUCGGGGGCUCCGACCUGGGCCCCCUUAUGGUGACCGAAGCCCUGAAGGCGUACGGUCGCGGCUUGCGAAUGCAUUUCGUGUCGAACAUCGACGGUACGCAUUUAGCCGAAGUUUUGAAAAAAAUCGACGCUGAGUCUGUACUUUUUAUCAUUGCUUCGAAAACAUUCACAACACAGGAGACAAUAACCAAUGCCACUUCGGCCAAGCAGUGGUUCUUAACCCAUGCUAAAGAUCCUGCUGCUGUUGCUAAACAUUUCGUUGCUUUGAGCACAAAUGGGCCGAAAGUGAAGGAGUUUGGCAUCGAUACGGCCAAUAUGUUUGAGUUUUGGGACUGGGUUGGAGGUAGGUAUUCCCUGUGGUCCGCUAUCGGGCUUAGUAUUUCGCUGGCGAUUGGGUUCGAGAAUUUUCUCCAGUUGUUGGAAGGGGCGCAUUAUAUGGAUAACCACUUCAGGUCGGCGCCCUUGGAACAGAACGCUCCAGUGAUUUUGGCCCUUUUGGGCGUCUGGUACCACAACUUCUACGGCGCCGAGACGCACGCUCUCUUGCCCUACGACCAGUAUUUGCACCGUUUCGCGGCCUAUUUCCAGCAGGGUGACAUGGAGAGCAACGGCAAAUACGUGACCCGAAGCGGCCGAACGGUGAAUUACAGCACAGGGCCGAUCGUGUGGGGGGAGCCGGGGACCAACGGGCAGCACGCCUUCUACCAGUUAAUUCAUCAAGGGACCAGAGUUAUCCCCGCCGAUUUCAUAGCUCCGGUGCAAACGCUCAACCCCAUCAAUAAUGGACUCCACCAUAAAAUAUUGCUGGCCAACUUCUUGGCGCAAACGGAGGCGCUUAUGACGGGGAAAACGGGGGAGCAGGCGCGUGCCGAGCUCCAGAAGCAGGGGCUGGGGGGAGAGGCCCUGGAGAAGAUCCUCCCGCAUAAGAUCUUCGAAGGGAACAGGCCGACUAACAGUAUUAUGGUGAAGAAAAUCACGCCGUUUACGCUCGGCGCGCUCAUUGCCAUGUACGAGCACAAGAUCUUCACUCAGGGAAUCAUCUGGAAUAUCAAUUCGUUUGACCAAUGGGGAGUGGAGCUGGGGAAGCAGCUGGCGAAGGCAAUCGAGCCCGAAUUGCAAGACAAUAAAGCCGUGACUUCGCACGACUCGUCCACAAACGGACUCAUCAGCUUCAUCAAAGCCAAUCAUUAAGGGGUGGCGUGGCUCUGUAUAGGUGUUAGGGAGAUUAAUAUAUUGUAUGUUUUUAUUAAUAAAGAGAUAUUAGAA